AUGAGCGAGAGGGACCAACAACGCGUAAAAAAUGCAAUCGACGCCCUCAGACGCAAGCCUGAAAAUAAGCAGUGCGCUGACUGCAAGUCUCUUAGUGUGCCGUACAUUAAUCUCACAUGCGGAACAUUUGUGUGUGCGCGUUGUGCAGGGAUUCAUCGCGAGUUUGAUCACAGGGUCAAAUCGGUGUCUAAUAGCGUCUUUAAGUUAGAUGAGAUUCAGGCCCUGGGCGGCAACGAUCUCGACAAGCGUACCUAUUUACCUUACUGGAGCGAACAAGUCUUCAAGCUCCCUGAGCCUGGCAGUGAAGAUAAUGGGCGAGUACGUGACUUUAUCAGGAUGAAGUACGUUGAGAAGAGGUUCUGCCACGAACAGCCACAGCAAGAGGUCCCACAGGUCCCGGCAUUUGCAGGGGCACCUGGUGUCACCCAGCAGAUAACCCCAGACGUGACUCCCCCACUACCCCAGUCUGUCUCUGCUUUCGGUAUGCCUCAGAUGGGCAUGGGGAUGAAGCCGAUGGGUAUGCCAGCUUUCGCCAGGCCGUCCGGUAUGGUACAGCAGCCCACGAUGGGCAUGGUGCAACAACCGCCAGCACAGCAAUUCUCUGGGGCAGUGCAACCAGGGGUGAUGCAGCAGACUGCUCCGGCCAUGUUUACCGCUCCGGCGGUUUCUACCAUGCCAGCACCUGUGGCUUCUGCUAUGCCCGUGAUGCCUGCCGCGGCUCCAAUGCCCUCGCAACCGGCGUCCAUGGCGCAGUUUUCGGGUGCUGUGGGCACUAUUCCGGGGGUUCCUGGUCCCCAACCUGUCCUUAAUGCACCCAGUAUGGCUCCAGUGCCUUCUAUUCCAGCAGUGCCUAUGCAACCGUCUGCACCGAUGAUUCCAGGCGGAACCUCCGCGCCGGCUCCUCAGGCAGUACCACAGACAGAAAUGAUGAGACCCGGCCUCGACCUCUUUAGUAACGCUAUCUCCGUUCCAUCGCAACCUCCUGUGGUGCCCACAACGCCUGCGCAGCCAGCUAUUAUUCCAGGAAUUAUGUCUGCACCUCCUCAAGUUCCGGUUACGAUGCCAACAGCAGUCCCGCUAACGGCACCUCCGCUAGUCCCAGCGCCAACGCCAACGCCAGUGCCAAUGUCAGCUCCUGUGCCUGCACCUGCGCCUGCACCAAAGACAACCAACUUUAAUUCUCUUCUGGACUUUUGA